CACAGAACGACACGGACCCACAGAAGUGUUUACAUUCUCAAUAAUGUGUUAAAUACAACAUACAUUUCGUUUUCACUCAUUCCUUUUUAAAAGUGAGGCUUAAUCCACGUAAUCGUUGAGCUGCAUUCAUCAAAAAAGCUAUAAAGAUCCCAACUGCGCUCAAAACGACAUCAAAGAGGAGGGAGGUUGUAUAUUUUUGCUGUUCAGACAUCAUCAAGAGUAUGGAUCGUCUGGCGUCUUUUGGAAAUGAUCCUUUCGAUAAGCCUCCCUGUCGUGGAUGUUCUUCAUAUCUAGUGGAGCCCUACAUUAAGUGUGCUGAAUGUGGACCAUCACCUUUCCUCCUGUGUCUGCAGUGCUUUACAAGAGGAUAUGAGUAUAAAAAGCACCAGAGUGACCACAAGUAUGAAAUCAUGACAUCAGAUUUUCCUGUGUUGGAGCCUGGCUGGACGGCGCAGGAGGAGAUGGCUCUUUUAGAGGCCGUCAUGGACUGUGGUUUUGGUAACUGGCAGGAUGUGGCUUACCAGAUGCGCACCAAGACCAAAGAGGAGUGUGAAGGCCACUACAUGAAGAACUACAUCAACAAUCCUCUGUUCGCCUCCACUCUGCUCAAUCUCAGACAGAUGGAAGAUCAUCUGUCCCGGUCAGCAGACACAGCCAUUCCCUUUAAGCCCACUGAUGAUCCUCCAAGGCCUUCAUUCGACUCUCAGCUGUCUAGAGAUAUGGCUGGAUACAUGCCGGCUCGAGCAGACUUCAUGGAGGAGUUUGAUAAUUAUGCUGAAUGGGAUUUGAAAGAUAUUGAUUUUGUUGAUGACGACUCUGAUAUUCUUCAUGCACUGAAGGUUGCAGUAGUGGAUAUUUAUCACUCCAGACUGAAAGAGAGACAGAGGAGAAAAAAGAUCAUUCGAGACCACGGCCUCAUCAACCUACGCAAGUUUCAGAUUCUGGAGAGGCGCUAUCCCAAGGAAGUGCAGGACCUUUAUGAUGUCAUGAGACGCUUUGCACGUGUGGUGGGACCCAUAGAGCACGACAAGUUCAUUGAGAGUCACGCCUUGGAGUUUGAGCUGAGGAGGGAGAUCCACAGACUGCAGGAGUACAGGAGAGAGGGAAUUCAGUCUUUCUGUGGUGCUAAGGUGUAUGAGAGAGUGAAGCGCAUACGAGAGGAAGAGCGCAGGAAGAGGAACAUGCUGUGUGACGUCCUGCAGUACAUUCAAGAUGCCCGUGCUUGCCAGCAGUGGCUGCACAAACAGGCUGCCAUUGACGCUGGAAUCACUCCUGUGGUCACCACUAUCACUACCUCAGGCAGAAGAAGCGCACCACCUCUCAACCUAACAGGGCUGCCUGGCACUGAAAAACUCAACGAGAGAGAAAAAGAGUUAUGUCAGGUGGUUCGUCUGGUGCCUGGAGCGUAUCUGGAGUACAAACAGGCCCUGCUGAACGAGUGCCGGCGGCAAGGGGGUCUACGGCUGGCGCAGGCCCGAUCGCUCAUCAAGAUAGAUGUCAACAAGACACGCAAAAUCUACGAUUUCCUUAUCAAAGAGGGCUACAUCAAUAAGGCUUAGUGAUGAUUGAACUGCUGCAAGGACAUCUGAUAGAUGAAGAAUCAUGCUCAUUGUAGAUCAUUCAUGUUGAGAAUGAGCAAUGAGAGAUGAAAGAUUUUAAGUGUACUUGUUGUAUCUAGUUCGUUCAAAGUCAUUAAUUCCUAACACAUCUGCACCUGUUUGUUAUUGAAAGACUGACUAGGUGCUUCUUUAUAUGUUCAGGACUCUAAAAGUUGAUAGUUGUGCACAAAGACUGCUGCUGUUUGUGCCGAGGAGAAUCUGAUUGCUCGACGCUGUAACAUUUUGUUUAGUAUUUGUCUACAUGCCCUUAAAAUUGUUGAUUAAUUUUUGAAGUCUGAAAUUUUUUGAUGAACAUCUCAAAGUCUUAGAAGAACACGUCUGCAUCGCAUUUUACUCCAAAUUUAACAAAGAAAUGAGAAAUUAUACUUUUCUUAAAGAAAAUGAAUCAUAUUUUUAUAAAUAUAGGAUACAGUAUAUCCUUUUUAUAAAUGUAUUGUAUUUUUUUCGUGACAAUUUAAUACCCUGCACUAUAUAUAAUAUAAUAUAAUAUAAUAUGCAUUAUAUAUUUUGAGGAUAAAUAUAUAUAUAUAUAUAUAUAUAAAUAAUAAAUAUACUAAAAUUAAAUAGUAUAAUAUAUAAUUAUAUAUUAUACUAUACAGACAAUAUUUAUUGUACUGCCUUUAUUCUGAUUUUAAUUGGAAGUUUUUUUACUGUUAUAAUAAUAAUAAUAAUUACAAAACUAGUAAAAGUAAAAUGACUCUACACAUUACGUCAAUGGGGGAAAAUUGUCUUGAAAAUAAUUUUACACUCCAAAAAUAUCUUUAGCCAAAUUCCUUCAGUUUCUUUAUGCAAAAUUACUUUUGAAGUGAAAUAUGAUCCAGGCAGGUUUUGUGAGACUUGUAUGCAGAGUAUGUUGUAAUAUUACAACUUAAUUCAUUACACUUCAGUUAUUAUUUAUGCAUAAUUCAUUUUUGUACAACAGUUGUGUUAGUUGUGCCACUAUAAUAUUUGAACAUAAAUAUGUUCUUUAAAACUUGUGGCUAGUUUUAAUGUGGCGGCUGAGAAAGAGUCUUCUGAAAUCUCGGGUGGCAAAAUUUACACCAGUUGAGUGUGAAAUCUAUUACUGUCGCCUCGCUCUAGUGAAGCGGCAUGACACGUGAAAACCGUGACUAACGCUAGCAGCCUUAGCACACGCAUGGCAGCAGCAGCAACCAUCAGCCUUUAGAAAGCAUAUCACAACAGCGUAGAGCGACGUCGGCGCGUGUUAGGGACCUGAUUAACACUCCAGAUCCCACCUUUGAUGAUAAGCCCCUGCCCAAAUGAGAAUAAGCCCCAUGGAGAAAUGAAGGCCUGUUUGAUGGCUGAAAGGCGUGGAGUUUGGAAUUGACAUUUUUAUUUGUGUCCUCAUUCCUCUAGGUGACAUCGGAGGUCUCACAUUAUGUAGUUUCUGAAUCUGAACUGCUUUCAGCAUGGCUCAGAGUGAAAGUAUGACGGUGGAAUUUUGUGUCCAGAUUCACAAUUUUCCAUCUAAAUUUCAUCGGACUUCAAUCUCGUUUGGCAUUCUAGGCAGAAAUAGUCCUCGUACAGGAGCGUAGCAUCAGACUGGGAUGGCAUGCUAUAAUGUCUCCGAUCUGUAAAGCGUUUGGUGUGUGAGUGAACGGCUGCUGACUUGCAGCAGAGCGGAAAGACAGAUUCUGGUGUCGGCUCACUGUGUGGGAGGUAGAUCUGCUGUUUUGCGUGCUCAUUCCUUCAUCAAACCACAGAGCCCGUCUUUAAAUGAGAUCUGAUGCCUCUUCAUGCACUCAAUUUUCACCCACAGUUCAUAGUCAUCUGCAUUUUAGUUCAUUUCCAUAAUUCACCUAUUGAAUGGGGACUGAAGCUUUCAAACUUCAAAAAAAACUUUACAAAAUCACCAUAAAAGUUUUAUAAAAGUAGUCCAUAUAUAUUUUAAAGAGUUUGUUCACCCAAUGAAAAUUCUGUCAUUUAUUCACCUUCAUGUCUUUCCCAACACAGGACUUUCAUCUUUGGAAUGCAAAUGAAGAUAUUUUUUAAUGAAAUCUGAGAAAUUUCUAUCUCUCCAUUGAAAAGACUAUUCACCCAAAACUGAUGUCGUAAAAAACCCAAGACAUUGUAAAAUAAAUCCAUAUGAAUCGAGGGGUUUAAUCCAAGUCUUAUGAAGAGACACGGUCGCUUUAUAUGAUGAAUAGAUAUAACUUAGGCUUUUAAUCACAUAUACAGUAAACAUAGAUCAGUGAACAUAUAGAGCAGCACCCGUAUUAGAGUACUCCAUUGAAAUACACUUUCAAUGGAGGGACAGAAAUCUCUCAGAUUUCAUUAAAAAGAUCUUCAUUUGUGUUUUAAAGAUGAACGAAAGUCUUAUGGGUUUGGAACGACAUGAGGGUGAGUAAUUGAUGACAGAAUUUUAAUUUUUGGGUGAACUAAUCUUUUAAGUCUAAAUUCUGACUUGAUAAAUUUUAAGUCUUACGAUAGCUUUGUGUGACAAAAGAUUUGAUUUGUCAGCAAAUCAUUUAUUCAUCUGUAUCAAAUUAUUCAUUUCUGACUCAGAAGAACAGUUUAUUCAUUAACUUAAUGAAUGCUUUGCAGGACGGAGGCAUGAUUUAUUUACUAAGGUUUGUGGUGAUGCAUGUUUCUGGCAAUGGAUUUAUCAUCUUUUCCACAGCCCUCAUUCAUUGUUUUAUAAUGUUCUUUCACCACUUCCUAAUCGUCUCAUUUUUAUGGAAAUUACAUCAGUCCUAUGAGAUGAAUGCUCUUAGUACUCUUUACCUCCCUCUUUCUCAUCUACUCUAUUGAUUUGAGUAGGGAUGCACGAUAUAUCAGCCAACAUAUUGGUAUCGGCCAAUAUAUGUUCAUUUUUUAAUGUUAUCGUUGUUGGCCCGAUAAGAAAAUUUGGCCGAUAUAUUAAAGCCGAUAAAUAAUGGAUUAUUUCCUUCAGCAGAUCCUUCAGAUGUGCGCUGUUCACCAUGAUCGUUUUGAAUUGCUUGAAAUAUGAUUGGAGUCACUUCAAAAAGGAAAAUACAGUUAAGUGCAACGUGUGCAGCGCAAGUCUGUCAUACAGGGCUACAUAAAAUUAUAAUGAGAACAUAAUUUUGUGCUUGGGACAGGGCUUUUAAUGGUGAAACUUUUGUUUUUGUAAUUAGGUUCUCAAAAUUUAUAUAAAAAUUUGGAUUUAGAUUUAUCGCCCAAUAUAUCGGUUAUCGGCUUUCAAAUAUAAAGCAUUAUAGGUAUCGGCCAAAUUUUUAAUAUCGGUGCAUCCCUAGAUUUGAGGCUGUAAGUAAAGCACUAGAGCUGAACCUCUAGAUCACAGAACCAGCAGCCUCCUACCUGAAUACUUUUAAGUCAUUUCCCUCCAGCUUCUGCUGGUCAGUGAAUGAGCGGCGACUGGUAAUUUCGCCACAACAAGGUACAAAAUCACUUUCCAGACCCUUUUCUCUCUCUGUUCCGCUGUUGUGGAAUGAGCAUCCAACCUCCAGUAUCAUUAAAAAUUCAACCUCCUUGUUCAAUCAAAUCUGUACAGGCACCCUAAAGUGAUUCAGCUGACUGAAAGUAUAUGGGUAGUCUAUUCAGUGCCUGAUUAGAAAUCACAAAAUCUCUUUAUGAUGUUUGUCACCUGUACUAUGUUAUGACCGUAAAUGUCUUAAAUUGUAACGUGUAAAAAUUUGUUUUUUUUUAAAAAAAAAAGGGGGUAAGUGUUCAUGCUGCCUUAAAAUUUUAAGUUUAGUCAACUUGAAAUGUGAAGUUAAAUAAAGUGACAACUUGGA